UGAAGUGUCAACGCUUCACCUCUAUGGUGCAACGCAAUUCCGAGGGAAAGAAAAGGUUUGGUUUAGACACAGAUAGCAGCAAUAUCACCUGCUCUGCUGAUGAUGUGCAGGUGCAGGUGCAACUCGAACUCAUAACAGGUGGAACUGCUGUGCUUGUGAGCCACCGGGAAUGUGUCCGCAAGGACCUUAAUAACAGAGAAGGCUCCACCACCACUGGUGAUCAGAACUUUGCCAUCCAAUCCAAUGUUAGCUAUUGUCUCUAUGACCUUUGCAAUGCAGAAAUGACAAGUGAAAAUGCCCCCAAGACCCCUGCAGGGGGCAAAGCACCUGAAACAAGCAGCUCCCUUGAGUGCUAUUCCGGCCUCAACUUUGACCGCACUGAACCUUUUUUGGAAAAAGUGAGGUGCAGCAAGGGUUAUAACCAGUGCUACCAAGGUGAAGGCAUGAUCACUGCAGGACUCCUCACCAUCCCCAUGUACAUCAGGACUUGCCAACGCCCAUCCUGUGCUGUGCCUCAGAGCCAAUCCUUUGGCCCCAUAAUGAUCACCAGUGAGGGAGGCUCCUGUUGCACCGGCAGCUAUUGCAAUGCGAAGGAAGUUGAAUCUCAGGCACAGAAAAGCAACUACUCAGUUCCUGCCAAUGGGUCUCACGGCGAGGGCGCUGUCAAUCACACCACCAAUUUUACUGAACCUCAUGUUGAAGAUGGCAUCAGCAGCACCUCUCCAGUGCCUGGAACGGGCAGUGUCACACCUGGCCACUCCUGGGAAACCAGCCCCCCCACGGCCACCCUGGAUUCAAAUUAUGACUAUGACGAAACAGAAGAUAGCGAUGGUAAUGAUGAGAAUGUGGACCCAGAAUCAUCUAACCCACGGCUUAUUCCUCGAACACGCGGCUCAGGUCCCAAAGGCCCCACCCUUCAAUGUUGUCCUCUUCUGGUAGUCCUUGGAAUCACAGUUUUUGGAGUAUGGUGGUAAGAAAUGGGGCUGGAGGGGUGGCCUUGUGACUCCUAGGUUCUGUGUUCAGAUUCAGGAGGUGUGUGUUGUAGAGAAGAAAGAAAAGACGGAAGUCAGAGCUCUGAGGUCUAUCUCAGCCCACCCACCCUCCACCCAAUUCUUACAUCAGUUGUGAGGGACACACAUUUACUUUUGCCAGGUUCAAAUUUGGCUGCAGA